CUAUUCCUCUCACUGACACCAAUGAUGGGGCACUAUUCCUCCACUGACACCAAUGAUGGGGCACUAUUCCUCCCACUGACACCAAUGAUGGGGCACUAUUCCUCCUACUGAUACCAAUGAUGGGGCACUAUUCCUCCACUAACACCAACAAUGGGACACUAUUCCUCCCACUGACACCAAUGAUGGGGCACUAUUCCUCCCACUGACACCAAUGAUGGGGCACUAUUCCUCCACUAACACCAACAAUGGGACACUAUGACUCUCACCAUUACCAGGGAUGUGGCAUUAUUCCUCCUACAGACCAUAGGGGCUAUGCAAUUUGUGUACUCCCACAGACAACCAAGCCUGGGGCAUUUUCUACUUUCCACUGGCCACAUCUGAAAGGAAUGAUCCUUCCAAAUGACCACAAAUGUAAAGAGCAUUCUUCCCACUGACUAUCACACUAAUGCAUAGU